UGAAGAUUUUUAUAAUUAUAGUUGUUUUGUCGAUAGAAAAUCGAUACUUAUAAUUUUUUUUGAAAUUAUCUUCGAAUAUCCAGAAAGUUACCAUUAUAAAAAGUAAUCUAAUAAUAAUCAGAAAGUGAAAUUAACCGUAAAUUAGAACUUAAAAUUAGGUAAUUUACGAUGCCUCCUAAUAAGCGAAAAAUCAAAAGCGAAGAAGCAAGCCAAAGCUCUUCUAAUAAAACAAAGGAAAUUAAAAAAAAUAAAGUUGUUGAUAAAUGGCAAGCUACAAAAUCAACAAUGAAAGAAUGUUUUCAAUUUUUAUUCAAUAAUGAAAAAUUCGCUGAUGUUCAUUUCAUUGUUGGAAAAGACGAAAAACAACAAAUAAUUCCUGCACACAAGUUUAUAUUAGUUACCAGGAGUGAUGUCUUCGAAACGAUGUUUUAUGGUUCUUUAGCUGAACCUGGUGAUAAAAUACCAGUACCAGAUAUUGAACCGGCUGCACUUUUGGCAUUCCUUAAAUUUUUAUACACUGAUGAAGUAGAAAUUGAUACAAAUAUCGUUAUGUUUACUUUAUAUGUAGCUAAAAAAUAUAAUGUACCAGCAUUACAGAAUCACUGUGUGAAAUUUUUAAAAACAAAUUGGAAUGUCGAUAAUGUUUUUUUAUUGUUAACACAAGCUUAUUUAUUUGAUGAAUCAGAAUUGGCGAAUUUCUGUUUACAAAUGAUUGAUACAACACCAGUACCAGCAUUCGCAUCUGAUUUCUUUAUCGACAUCGAUUUGAAAACUUUAAGUGAUGUGUUAAAGCGUAACACGUUGAAAAUUCAUGAAAGCUUAUUAUUUGACGCUGUUUUACGAUGGUCUGAAGCAGAAUGCAAGAGACAAGGAUUACCUAUAAAACCGAAAAAUCAGCGUUCUGUUUUGGGCGAAGCAUUCAAAUUAAUACGUUUCCCAUUAAUGACAAUUGAGCAAUUUGUUAAUGGUCCAGUUAAAAGUGGUUUGUUGUCUGACAAAGAAGUUGUGCAGCUAGUUAUAUAUUUAAAAGGUGAUUCAAAACAACCAAAACCAUCGAUUCCAUUUUCAAAUCAAAAUAGAUAUUCUGGCAAUGGUGUAUAUUCUACUUAUACUUAUGGUUAUGCAAGUAUGUACAAUGGUCAGAGAUAUUGAAAUAUUUAUAUUAUACUAUAGAAAAAUAAAUACUCUAUUAUCAUUCUGGAAACUUGCAGAUUUUGUUCUCACUCAAACCACGGCAUGACGCUUCAAUCAAUUGAUUACCUUUUUUUUUUUUAAAAAAUACUCAAUGCAAAAUUUACAAUAAAACUUUUUACAUU